CUCCUCUUUAUUUUAAUAAGGGUUUCAAAUCCUUACCUUAAUGGUUUAUAAACUCUCCUUAUAGGACUAAAGCCUUUUAACAUUGAAAAUAUAGGUAUGGACAAAUAAUUAAUGUAAGGAUAUGUAAAUAAAUAAAUAGUACUUUUGAAAAGUUGGUUAUUGUUCAAGGGUGGAGUUUAAAAUUAAGUAAAAUAUUUUUGUAUAGUUUAUUUGUGGGUUCAAUAGAUUAACCUUACUUUAAAUCCCAUAUACGAAUAGACUUAUCAUCACUACAAGAUGCUAAAGACUAACCAUCUGGAGAGAAACAUACAGAAUAGACAUAAUGACUAUGACCAUCAAAUUUUCCUUUUUAUUCUCCUGUCUUUACAUUCCAUAUACGAAUUGAAUUAUCUUAACUACCUCAAAAAUUUCUGA